AAGCAGAACUAUGCACGUGCUCUCGAAGAACAGACAUCAGCACAGAAACAAAUCAACGAGCUUCUUGAGCGGAAACACAGCUGGACUUCCCAGGAUCUCGAGAAAUUCACGAAUCUCUACAGAAACGGCCAUGAAUUGGAGCGUCACGUGGAAGCAAACUCUAACAAAGUGGCAGAAUUGGAGGCCAAGGAGAACGAUUUGCACAAUGAAUUGAUUCAGAGCAUUAUGGAAAGGUAUCACGAAGAGCAGGUGUGGUCAGACAAAAUUCGACAGUUUUCCACGUGGGGUACCAUCUUCAUCGUGUGUGUAAACUUGUUGCUGAUGCUUCUGGUGCAGCUAUUAUUCGAGCCUUGGAAAAGAUAUAGACUUCUGAGCUCUUUCGAAUCGAAAGUUAAA